GCAAGUGCAACAAGCUCUGGAUGAGCAAUAAAGUCGGGACGAUCGUGACUGGCGGGCUCAUCGAGAUGUUUUCAGAUGGGAAUGCCAGAGCAUGCAUCCAAUCAUGGCCAUUGCAAUCCCCCACCGGGGUGAAUACCCCGCUGACACGACUGGUCCUCCGUCUUCUUUGACGUCAUGGACAUUGAAGUGCCAGCUGCCCCAAACCGCACCUUUAUAGCAGCUUCCCCAGAUGCCAUUGUUUCUAUCAAUGGAAUUCUUGUAGUAUACUGAUUCUCUCUUCCAUCCCGAAUCCUAUCAGCGCUACCCAGCACCAACUCUCAGUACCCUCGCCCACCAAUUGCACACACCUCCAGCUCGACCAACACGUUGUAUGGCCAGUUAUUUGCCCUCCAUGGAGAAAGUACAGCACGCCGUUCUUGGGCCCCGAGGGGGUGACAAGGUCGCCGACCUUCAGAAGGAGACCAAGGAGAUGUCAGAUAAGGCCCGCCUCACAACAGACUAUGGUGUCAAGCAGACCUCUGCCGAUGACUGGCUCAAGAUCGUCAACAACGACAAGACUGGUCCCAUGCUGUUGGAAGACCCCUUUGCUCGCGAGAGAAUCCACAGGUUCGACCACGAAAGAAUCCCAGAGCGCGUCGUCCAUGCCCGUGGCAGCGGUGCCUUCGGCAAGUUCAAGCUCUUCGAGAGUGCCGAGGAUGUCACUUUUGCUCCAAUCCUUACCGACACAUCGCGCGAGACGCCCAUUUUUAUCCGGUUUUCGACAGUGCUCGGUAGCCGUGGCAGCGCUGAUACCGUUCGCGAUGUGCGAGGUUUUGCGAUCAAGUUCUACACACAGGAAGGAAACUGGGAUAUUGUCGCCAACAAUAUUCCCGUGUUCUUCAUUCAGGACGCCAUCAAGUUUCCCGAUGUCAUCCAUGCUGGCAAACCCGAGCCACACAACGAGGUUCCCCAGGCCCAGACAGCCCAUAACAACUUCUGGGAUUUCCAGUACAACCACACCGAGGCGACGCACAUGUUCAUGUGGGCGAUGAGCGACAGAGGUAUUCCUCGUUCGUACCGCAUGAUGCAAGGAUUUGGCGUCAACACUUUCACGCUCAUCAACGCCAAGGGAGAGCGUCACUUUGUCAAGUUCAUCUUCACCCCUGAACUCGGCGUGCACUCUCUUAUUUGGGACGAGGCCCUCAAGCUUGCCGGCCAGGAUCCAGACUUCCACCGCAAGGACCUGUGGGAGGCCAUCGAGAACGGUGUCUUCCCCAAGUGGAAGUUCGGUAUUCAGGUGAUCCCUGAAGCUGAUGAGCACAAGUUCGACUUCGACAUCUUGGAUGCUACCAAGAUCUGGCCCGAGGAUCUGGUACCCGUGCGUUACAUUGGCGAGUUCGAGCUCAACCGCAACCCAGACGAGUUCUUCCCACAGACUGAGCAGGUUGCAUUCUGCACAAGCCACAUCGUCCCCGGUAUUGGCUUCUCCGAUGACCCUCUUCUCCAAGGCCGUAACUUCAGCUAUUUCGAUACACAAUUGAGCCGUCUGGGUAUCAACUGGCAGGAGCUUCCCAUCAACCGCCCAGUAUGCCCCGUCAUGAACUUCAACCGCGAUGGUGCUAUGCGCCACACCAUCACCAAAGGCACCGUCAACUACUGGCCCAACCGGUUUGAGAAGGUCAAGCCUGCUACUCACGAGGAAGGCGGGUAUGUUGAAUACGCUGAGAAGGUUGCCGGCAUCAAGGCCCGCGCCCGCAGUGCCAAGUUCAAGGAGCAUUUUGCUCAGGCGCAACUGUUCUGGAACAGUAUGUCGGCGGUUGAGAAGAACCACAUCAUCAACGCCCUGGGAUUCGAACUUGACCACUGUGAGGAUCCUGUCGUGUACGAGCGCAUGGUGACGCGAUUGGCCGAUAUCGACUUGGGUCUCGCCCAGACAGUCGCCGAAAUGGUUGGUGGUGAGCCCCCCAAGGAGGCCAGCCGUCCCAACCACGGCCGCAAGGCACCAGGCUUGAGCCAAACAGAGUUCCCCGGAUCAAAGCCUACCAUUGCGUCCCGGAGAAUCGCCAUCUUGGUUGCCGAUGGGUACGAUCAGGUCGCUUACUCAGCUGCGUACGCUGCUAUCUCGGCUGGCUUGGCCAUCCCAUUGGUUAUCGGAACCAAGAGAAGCAAGAUUGUUGCCGCCGGUGGAGCUGGUAGCACCACACCUCAUCAUCACUUGGAAGGCUUCCGCUCCACCAUGGUGGACGCCAUCUUCAUUCCCGGCGGUGUUGAUUCCAUUCGCGCUCUGUCCAAGAACGGCAGAGCUCUGCAUUGGAUUAGGGAGGCCUUUGGUCAUCUCAAGGCUAUUGGAGCCACAGGCGAAGCUGUCGACUUCGUCAACAAGGCCAUCGGCCUGCCAGCUGUUAGUGUCUCGGAGAGUGCCGAGGUCCAGGACAGCUAUGGUGUCGUGACUAUGCGUGAGACCAAGCCAGGAAGCUUGAGUGAGGCGGUGGACAUCGUCAAGGGCGGUGCUGGUUUUAUGGAGAAGUUCUUCCACAACAUUGCCCAGCACAGGUGCUGGGCCAGAGAGCUGGAUGGCCUCCACAGCCAGGUGGCCUACUAGAUUCCCCCGUUUUCCUUGUCUGCAAGAGUUUGCCAACCAAGUUGUACGAUAGUAAGGAGUUUUGUGGAGUCGGUGGUGAUACCUAGUGUUAAUAUCAUGGAACUGAGUUCGCUCUUGCCUGUCGUUUCACUUCGUUGCAUUAGUGACUCUACCAAUAGUGGUAGUUGUUCAGGAGUAUUGUGAUGAUG